GACGUCGAUCAUAAAACCACAAUAUACUACGCAAGGUACGUUUGCCGAGGUGCGUCUAAAGUAUCUUUUACUACAAUUGAUGAUAGAUACUUGUCCACAUCGAAAGAAGUGCUGUUAGCAUUUCCAUAUCUACUUACUUACAAAUCUGCCAUCUCGCUAGAGCUGUUUGACCUUGUAUAUGAUAGUAUGUUGACAACUAAGGGGAUAUCAGGGGCCACCAACAACAUUGUUCGCCAUAGAGAAACGCAAGCGAGCCGACCCCCACUACAGUCAGCCUUUGCUUCUCCGGUGGAGCAGUAUAUGACAGAUCACGGGUGCCUUGACAGCGAGGUCAUCCAAAAAUUGUGGCUUACGCAAACUGCAGUGUGCAGUACGUUGGUGGAAGCUCACAUGGCGUCUGCGGAGUGCGUUAAAGUACUUAGGGUGGACCACUCGCAAAAGUUUUGUAGCCAGCUGAAGGUGUUUGGCGCAGAUGGAAGCAAAGAACAAGUGGCUAGCGUGCGCAUGCUGUUGCUUGUCCAGAAUGAAGUGGGUCAGUUGCUCGCGCGGGGUCUGACAAAGUCUGAAAACCAUGAAGAAACUACCGCUAUUUUGCAGCCAAUUGCAAACAAGCUGGCCUCCACUUCUCAUAUUGAGCGAUUUUUGGUGAAACAAGACCCUUUUCACGUUAUCCAGAGAUUGACUGAGAAAAUAAGCGAUUCGGUGAAGCGACAGUGGUUAUCUAAGAGACUUUCUGAAGGUUUGUACGACGUGGAGGGAAAGCUUCGAUCUCCAGAUGUGAUGGAGCGCAUGUUCACCGCUGCCUUGGCUACAAUGAAUCCAUCGGAUAUCCGUGUUUCAAGUAGCGAAUGGGAAGGCUGCGUCAAAAGUAAUUUAGAGCAGAUUCAUACUGGGGACCUGUUCGUAGAGACGAGCAACUAUUGCGAAGGAGGUUGCUCUGUCCGAGUCGUCUCUACCAGUCAGCUGGAGGCUAUACAUUCCAAGCUUCGCAAGCUACUGGACCGUGUAGUGUCCAUCGAAGACGGUCUACGAAUUCUGGACAUCUUUCUUCUGCAGGUACAGCCGCAAACUCUUCUCUUAUCCAUUAAGAAAAACUCACAAACAUUAUUUCUUUUUUAUUUUGUGGUUGCAGCAUAA